AUGGACCACCCCAUCACGAUUUCCAACACCUCUCUCCCCGCCACAAUCUCCUCGAUGCACUCAUACAAUAACCCGCAUCUAUACACCGCUUGGACAUCGCCCUUCCUCGCAAACCGCCAACUGAAAUACUUCUUUGCAGAGAUGCAAACACAACAAUACAACCGCACUCUCAAUCGCCUACACCAAAUCCUCCGUAAAGCAGGAGACAAGAACAAACUCUGGAUGUCCUCGUUUGUCUUGAUGCUCGGCAUCGGCACAGUACUAGAGAAUUGCCAGCAUUUACUUUGGAUCAAGGCCGACGCCAAGGUUGCUCGCAAAGAAAUGACGGCCAUAGACGCAGAUUGGGAAGCUCGCACCCACUGCCAGGAGAUGGACGACGGCUACGAGUUUCUGUGUAAACUGUAUCACUGCAAAUAUCGUGGCAAGCAUCGACAAAAGACUAGAUAUGAAGAGUUGAAGAACAAGACAAGCAGCAAAGCGGAACAGACGUUUGCAGAUCGCAUCUAUGAGAUUGUGGAUAGGAAUGGUGAGUUUUCUCUUGCUACCAUUUUCUUGCAGCACACGUACUUUCUGGACGACCAGGCUAAUUUGAAGAUUUCAUAG